AUGCGCCCGCUGCCAAGUCUUCUUCUCACUUUCUUGUUUGUUUACCGCCAACUGAUAUUUCUCACUUCUUGUCUAGCUGCUUACGUGGCGGGACAUGCAAACUCAAAAUCGCCCGUGAUUAAACCGUCUCAGAUUGAGAUUGAAUCUAUCCUCACUGGAACAGAGGUCUCACCACUAUCAGCUCUACAACCUUCCUCAUCCUGA